AUGGCAUGUCGCCUACGGCAUCGAGACUGUAUCAAGCAGGCGCAACAUCGUUACAAUGAGUGGAUAAUGAAAAAGAAACGGCCAUCUCCUGAACUUCUUGGUGUUGUCUUGGAUGAAGGAGUUCGCCAAGGAGGUACAGCAGCUUGGGAGCGCGCUUACACGGCUUAUUUGGAGGCAAAAAGUCCCACUGAGAAAUAUCAGCUCAUAGGAGCAAUGGCCUCGACAACGCAACCGGCACUAAUUUCACGGUUACUGCGACUGUGCAUAGAAGGAUCAUCAUUCCGGCCGAACGUCAUUCCCCGCUUGCUCGCCGAUCUGACGAAAAAUGAGGCAGCCCGAUCGCUUACAUGGCGUUUCUUCCGCGUCAACUACAAAGAAUUUGUGAGAAUACUCGGCGACGGCUCAAGUCUCCUCAUCAACAGUUUACGUGCCAUGCUUGACAAACUCAGCACACAAGAGGAUCUCGAUGAAGUGAAGGCGUUCCUUGCUGACAAACGGGUUUGUUCACGUAUUCAAAAUCUGGGCAGUGCUCGCUAG